AUGUCGAACCUUUCUUUCGAAUUUCACGAAUAUGAGGCUGACGAUCUCGAAGCUCUCAUGGGUGAAGGAACCGAACCUCACAUCCAAACCGGAGAUGGGUUUGAUCUUCACCCCCAGAGUGAAUCGACCGUCAAUUCUCUUGACGAUCUUCGCAGAUUAUGCCUCAUCCCCCUUGAGGUGGAGAUGGUAGUCCCGGAACCUUUCGAGUCUCCGGAGUCUGGGCGAGAAGGUCCCCAGAUUCGGCCAGUUCCAUCCGUCGAUUUUCUCAAUUUCUACAAGGCCGUCUUAGAGAGGCCAGUUAAUUGGAACUCUUUUACUUUGGAAAGAAUUCACGGCGCCGGAUUUUCUGUCAGAAUGACCCUUACUCACCCCGUCAACCCUCCUCCCGCUGAGAUUGAUAUCUCGAGUCUGAAUGCCCGAGACAGGAGAAAGAUCAAAGAGGCAAACAAAAAGGUUAAAGAUAAGAUUUUCCUAGUUGGGAAAAAUAAGAAAAAUGCAACUUCCACCGGGGACGACAAAGUCUACCGGAAAACUCUCCUAGUUGACGAUGGAUCUCUUGAAGGUUCAAAGUCGAUGGCGGUUGCAGUGAACAACGCUCCCUCCCCCAUCCCAGCAGCAGACAACGUGGUCGCUGCCACCGCUGAGGAAGAAGGCCUUAUAGGUGACUCUUCUCUCAUGAAGAAGAGGAAGCCCGAGGAACUUGAACCCCCACUCCAGGGACGUCCCAAGAACACAAGGAGGGGCAGAGUCGCUCCUUUGAAUCUGUCAGUUCCUGAAUCUGCUGAUGCUCAGGAUGUAAAUCCCGAUUCAGGAAUUGUUUUAAAGGAACCGCUGGGUUCAGGAAUGUUACCUCCUAGGCGUCCCCGAGGCAAUACCUCUAGGGCCCGAUCGUCUCCGAACCAAGGGCUUGUUCCCAGAGCUUCAUCCCAAUCAGAUAAAGAGAAGAUUGGGAAUACGUUUAGAUGUUUCCACACCCGCUUUGGGAAGAAACUUACGUCCUUUGAGUGGUGGAGGCCUGACAUCAAGAAGAUGUAUAUCAGUCAUUCAUUCCACUCCUCACUGGCAACUCUGGACGUGAAUGGCAUCAUCAGUCAAUACGAAGAGGAGCUUGCCAAGGUUUCCAAGAAAGCUGCUACUGCUGAAAAAGAGAUUGAGAGGCUGCAAUCUUCUAAUCGGCCUGUGCAGGAGUCUGCUGGCCUUGACUCGGCUCGUCAGGAAAAAAUCGAGCAACUCGAGAAAUCUGGCGAGGAGACAAGGAAAAUUCUAACUGAAACAGAGCAGAGGCUAGAGACUGCCCUUGCUGAUCAUAACUCCGCGAAGGGCGAGAUUGAGCUUCUGAGAUCGGAGCUUGACAGGGUCAAAACAGCUGCUGAGGAGCUCGAGCGCAAAAAUGAGUCUCUUUCCGAACUUAAAGACCGAGAUGUUCGCAAAAUAUCUCAUGAUGCUUGGAAAAAGGUUAAAGGAGCCGGGCAAAAGUUUCUUCUUGUUGUGCAUGAAUUUAUUACUGCAGAUAAAGCUUGGAACAAAAUUAACUCAGAGCGUGAUGAGAUGAAGAGCAAUCUCGAUCUGAUCAAGGAGAUAGAGGACGGAAAGGUCAACUUGGCUGAGGAAAAGGAAACAGUUGGCGCUGAGCUCGCGGAGACUGAAGCUAAGCUAGCUACUGCUCCUCAGCCAUACUGGAAUUUGCAGCAGUUUGUUUCUGAGUUCGCUGAUUCCCCUCCAUUGACUGAGCCAAAUAUUGGUUUGCCUCUGGACGAGAUGAUGUUAACAGGUUCUCCUCGCGCUCAUUUUAAUGAGUUCGGAACCAAUGUUGACAGAAUCUCCUCGGGACGAGGUUAG